AUGGCGAAGUCUAUUGCAUUCGAGAACACCGCCGGAGCAGAAGGACACCAAGCAGUGGCUCUUCGCGUGCAGGGUGAUCGUUCAGUGUUUUUUGAUUGUGCAAUGCGCGGUUACCAAGAUACAUUGUACGUACACGCCCACCGUCAGUUCUACCGUAACUGCGAAAUCUCUGGAACAAUCGACUUCAUCUUCGGCUACGCUACCACCUUGAUCCAGAACUCGAAGAUCUUGGUGAGGAAGCCAGGCGUGAACCAACAGAACAUAGUGGUGGCAGAUGGAACACAGCAGAAGAACAUGCCCACAGGAAUUGUCCUCCAGAACUGUGAGAUCUUGCCCGACCCUUCACUGGCCGCUGAUCGCUUGACCGUGAAGACAUACCUUGCCAGGCCAUGGAAGGCAUUCUCCAGGGCAGUGUUCAUUGAGAAUGUGAUCGGUGACUUGAUCCAGCCAGUGGGAUACAUUCCUUGGAACGAUCUUGAGCCCAACACCCAGGACUGUUACUUCGCUGAGUACGGCAACAGUGGACCAGGUUCCGUUGCUACAUCAAGGGCACCCUUUGCAAAAGGUAUCAUCAGCAGGGAAGAGGCUGCCAAAUACACUGCUGAGCCCUGGCUCCAAGCUAGCGCCUGGUUGCCUGCCACUUCCGUUCCUUUUGACUCCAGCUUUGCCAAAGCUUAA